CAACAAAAUAGCCGAUUCUUUCGUACUCCACUGUCCACUCCUUCACUCCGAUUCAGUCAUCGGCCGCCAUUGAAUGGCCAAUUAUGCCCUCAUUCCAACCGGAGAAGAUGAAGAAGUAGACCCUCCACUCCUCCCCUCCACUCCCAAGCCUCCACGUGUCGCCUCCCUCGACGUCUUCCGCGGCCUCUGCGUCUUCCUGAUGAUGGUGGUUGAUUACGGCGGCUCGGUUAUUCCGGCGAUCGCUCACUCGCCGUGGACCGGUCUCCAUUUGGCUGACUUUGUCAUGCCGUUUUUCCUCUUCAUUGCCGGAGUUUCUCUCGCUCUGGUCUGCAAGAGAGUGACUAACAGAGUGGAAGCUACAUGGAAAGCCGUGUUUCGUGCCCUUAAGCUUUUUCUCUUGGGUGUUCUUCUUCAAGGUGGUUAUUUUCAUGGAGUGAAUUCCUUGACUUAUGGAGUUGACAUUGAAAGGAUACGGUGGUUUGGCAUUUUGCAGAGGAUAGCAAUUGGUUAUAUUGUUGCCGCUUUAUGCGAAAUCUGGCUUUCACAUCGGACAUCGAGGGAACUCGGGUCUUUCAGGAGCUGUUACUGGCACUGGUGUGUCAUCUUUUUGUUAUCAGCGAUAUACGCUGGGUUGCUGUAUGGUUUGUAUGUUCCAGAUUGGGAAUUCAAAGCAUCAACACCUACCUCCUUGCCUUCCUCUAAUGAUAGUCAUGUUUAUGUGGUGAAGUGUUCUCUAAGAGGAGAUCUUGGACCUGGUUGUAAUUCGGCUGGGAUGAUUGAUCGUUACAUUGUGGGUGUUGAUCAUCUAUAUUCAAAACCCGUUUACAGGAACCUGAAGGAGUGCAAUAUGUCUACUGAUGGUCGCAUUCCAGAGAGUUCCCCUUCAUGGUGUCACACUCCUUUUGAUCCUGAAGGUAUAUUAAGUACCCUAACAGCAGCAGUGGCUUGCAUAAUUGGACUCCAGUACGGUCACAUUCUUGCACACAUAGAGGACCACAAAGGGCGCCUAAAUAUUUGGUCCCUGGUCUCAGUUUCAAUGUUUGUCCUUGGAUUGUUUUUUGCAUUCAUAGGCAUUCCUGUAAAUAAAUCUCUCUACACCAUCAGUUAUAUGCUAAUUACUUCUGCAUCUGCGGGAAUGACAUUUUGCGCAUUAUAUUUGCUGAUAGAUGUGUACCAUUACCGGUGCAUAACAUUUGUGUUGGAGUGGAUGGGCAUACAUUCUUUGAGUAUUUUCAUAAUUGUAACUUCCAAUAUAGCUGUUAUCGCGAUUCAGGGAUUCUACUGGACUGAGCCUGAGAAUAAUAUUGUUAACUGGAUCAUAACACCUUUUGUGCACAAGUGAAUUGUUUCUCUAGUGUUCGAGGAUGCAUAAGAAUCCUUUGGUCAUUUGUCCUUGAUACUAAAGCAUUGAUGGAUACUUCAUGAUUGUCGUUACAUCAUCUCAUGCAUGCUAUGCUAGAGAUCUGAAUUGGAGUCCAAUUUCUUCCUAUCAUCUAUUUCUACAUCCAAGUUUAUUCUGCCAUCGCUUGAUCAAGCAACCAAAAUUAUUGUUUGACAAUUCGGCCCUAGAAGUUCGUACAUACAUGAUACAUCUGACCGUGAAAGAAUCUGUAUAUCAGUGCGUAAGUUUACCGGAAAUUUUGUACCUGCGAAUUUCAUCUCUUGGUUAACUUCUGUAGCGAAGCUCACAGCCUCCCUUGAAUCCUUGACCCUCGUUGAUCAUUAUGUUUUUUUUCCAAACAGGGACUAAUUAUUUUUAUUUAUACUUGCAACUUUUAUGUUGCACUUUUGGUCCAUGCUCUAU